AUGGGUAAUCCGGGUCAAGCUGGUGCGGGGGUUAUGUUUCGGGAUGCUAAUUCAACGGUGCUUGGCGUUCUUUGUGUUGGUCUAGGCUGGCAAACCAACUUCUAUGCAGAGGCUUGUGCAAUCAUUUAUGGUGCGUUGUUAGCUAAGAUCUGGAAGGCCACCAACAUUUGCAUUCGUUCUGAUUCGAUGAGUUGUAUCCAAGCCCUUGAGAAGGAUGAAUUGCCCUGGCAGCUGAGACAGAAAUGGAGAGUGGCCAAGAAGUUUUUCUCCAAUAUUCGUUAUAUCCAUAGCUAUAGAGAGAUAAAUUUUUCUGCUGAUGCUUUAGCCAAGCGAGCUUGUUUGCUGGCUGAAGAUAUCUUUGAAUUCUAUGAGGGUCGUCCGGGCUUCAUUCUGCCUGUAGAAUGGACUGGCCAAAGUUAUUUUCGUUUCAAUUAG